AUGCUGGUCCCCACCUGGGCAACCGCGACAUGGACGUCUUUGACGACGGCUUUGAUUUUAGCAAGGGCCCAAGGCGCUGCGGCCGAGAGUAGGCAACCGAUAUGCCUGGCGAGGCACUGGAGCGAGGUGGAGGGUGAGUUUAUUCAGUGGCCCAUCUGUAUCGAAACCAGAUGGGAGCGAACUUCCUCAAGGAUCAAUCAGGAUGUGGUCCGACCCCCUGACCAGGCCGUUUCCGAGACCAUCCCCGAGGGGCAGUCGAUCGGAACUGCGACUCCUGCAUCUGAUAGACAACCCGACCAUGAGCUUGACACUGAGUCUCCGCUCGAUAAUGCGAACUUCCUCUCGUUCGAAGAUUGGAAAAAACAAAACUUGGCCAAGGUGGGCCAGUCGGCUGAGAACGUGCGUGGAAACAGACACGUGGGCGGGAAGGAGGGCCGACGCAGGCCUACGGGAAUCAAUAAUGCGCUUGACUCGUUGGGAGAGGAUGUUGAGAUCGAGCUUGACUUUGGGGGAUUUGGCGCUGAUGCGUCCGAGGCGGCGAAGCCUACAUCUUGGGGGUCGGGUAUACCUACAGCGGCCAUCAAGGGUGCGGGCACCGAGGUUGGUACAGGAGAUGUAGAGUCCUCUGUUUCUAGAGAUCUUCGAAAGGCUGCCCCCCGUGGGAAAGACGCCGGAACGACAUGCAAAGAACGGUUCAACUACGCGUCGUUUGAUUGUGCAGCCACGGUGCUCAAGACAAAUCCCGAAUGUAAAGGUUCAUCGUCUGUAUUAGUCGAGAACAAGGACAGUUAUAUGCUCAACGAGUGCCGCGCAAAGAACAAAUUCCUGAUCCUCGAGUUGUGCGAUGACAUUUUAGUUGAUACUGUUGUUCUUGCGAACUACGAAUUCUUUAGCUCUAUAUUCCAUACCUUCCGCGUGAGCGUUGCCGAUCGGUAUCCGGCUAAGGUCGACCAAUGGAAGGAGCUGGGUGUCUACGAAGCGCGGAACACCCGCGAGAUCCAAGCCUUUGCGGUGGAGAAUCCGCUGAUUUGGGCUAGGUAUCUGAAGAUCGAGUUUCUAACGCACUACGGGAAUGAAUUCUACUGCCCUCUUAGCCUGGUUAGGGUACAUGGAACCACCAUGUUGGAAGAAUACAAGCACGAUGGCGACGUUAAUCGUGGUGAUGAGGAGGCCGCCGAGGAGUCGCUAGAGCCCAGUCCCCUGCCUGUCGACGUAGGGGUGAAAGACCCCGCGCAGCCACCAGUUGCUGUGCCGGUGCCUGAUGAUUCUACUAACGAGACAAGCAUCGCCCUAGAGAAGCAGGGACUCUGCUCACACCCCGGAAUAGAAGCUGUAAGACUCCUACAGCAGGGCCCUUCUCCGACAGUCGAUGUUUGCGAUAGACGUGCGAUACCGACUGAGGUCGAUCCUGAUGAGGCAAGAUUAUCGGUCGAGAGCCGCUCAGAGGCAAAGGAAGAAGCUACCCCGAGUACGGAAUCUCCUGCAUCUUUCUCUCGGGCUGAACCAUCAGCCAAGGGACCUGUAGGCGACCAGAAAGCCACUGGGCCUGCCGGUGCGAGUCCAGACUCGGCCUCUUUUACGGUAGUAACUACAGAAACGGCCUCACAGGAUGCGGUAAAUGAGUCCGACGUCAAAUCGGCCACUUCCUCGAAGGAAGAGUCUAGUAUACCGUCGGAGUCGGUACGUCCUUCGGGGACGCAACCCCCUCCUUCGAACCCUACCACCCAAGAGUCUUUCUUCAAGUCUGUCAACAAGAGGUUGCAGAUGCUGGAGUCGAACUCAACCCUAUCCCUACUGUAUAUCGAGGAACAGUCGCGGAUCCUUCGAGAUGCUUUCAACAAGGUUGAGAAACGCCAGCUGGCUAAGACAUCUACGUUCUUAGAGAAUUUGAACGUCACCGUCUUGAACGAGUUGCGGCAGUUCCGUGAACAAUACGACCAGGUCUGGAAAAGCGUUGCCCUAGAGUUUGAGCACCAGCGAAUCCAGUACCAUCAAGAGAUCCACUCGAUUAGUGCACAGCUCGGUGUACUUGCUGAUGAGCUAGUGUUCCAGAAGCGAGUGUCUGUGAUCCAAAGCAUCAUGAUUCUCUUCUGCUUCGCUCUUGUUCUCUUCUCUCGUGUCCCGGUGAGCACGUACAUUGAUAUUCCUCGCGUACAGAAUAUGAUGGCCCGAUCCUAUAGCCUGCGAUCAUCAUCGCCGAUCUUGGGCUCUCCGUCAGUGAGCCCGAGUUCGACGCGACCCACGUCAUCGUAUCGAGGUACGACGCACCAUCGGCGGAAUAUCUCAGAAGACUCGCAGGAAGAACCGCUGAGUCCGACCAUCGCAUAUUCCCCGCCGACACCUGCGUCGGAUCCGUCCAGCCCCGAGGAGGCAGACAAGGGGGCGAAUCCAUCGCUGGACACUCCCCACAUGCCGGACCUGGCACCGCCACAUUUCCGAUCGCUCAGCAGCCCACCAGUACUCGAUACAGCCGAUGAGGAAGCCCAGAGUGAAGAGAGUCCUAGGUCGGCGGCCCCCGCGAAGAUCAACUCGAUGGACUACCAUCGUCAGGUGCUGCAAGGAAAGCUGGAGAGUGGAGACAAGCAACAAACCAGUUAUGUAUCGCCCUCAGACGACAUUAUGAGCCCUUGCUCCAAGAAGUUGAGUGACCUGAAGGGCAAGCGCUUCAAGAAGGCGGUCGAACAAUUCGUCGAAAAAGAAUGUAUCCCCGCCGAAAAGGUCUUCCAGGCCCAACUCGGCGAAGGCGGCCAGCGAUGGAGCACUUAUCCACCCAUCAUCGAGUCCCUCAAGACCAAGGCGCGCCAACAAGGCCUGUGGAAUAUGUUCCUACCCAAGAACCACUACUCCCAGGGCGCUGGGUUCACCAAUCUUGAAUACGGUCUGAUGGCCGAAUAUCUGGGCAAGAGCAAGUUGGCGUCGGAGGCUACCAACAACGCCGCCCCAGACACAGGCAACAUGGAAGUCCUCGCCAAGUACGGCAACGAAGCCCAAAAGCAGCAGUGGCUAGCACCCUUGCUAGACGGCCAGAUCCGCUCAGCCUUCCUCAUGACAGAGCCCGAGGUAGCCUCAAGUGACGCCACAAACAUUCAGCUGAACAUUCGCCGCGAAGGAAACGAAUACGUCCUCAACGGAUCGAAAUGGUGGUCCUCCGGCGCAGGCGACCCCCGCUGCAAAAUCUACCUCGUAAUGGGCAAAACUGACACUACAAACAAAGACCCCUACCGCCAACAAUCCGUCAUCCUAGUCCCAGCCGACACCCCCGGAAUUACCGUGCACCGGAUGCUCUCCGUCUACGGCUACGACGACGCCCCACACGGCCACGGCCACAUCGGCUUCAAGGACGUGCGCGUCCCCGUCUCCAACAUGGUGCUGGGCGAAGGCCGCGGGUUCGAAAUCAUCCAGGGCCGUCUGGGCCCAGGCCGCAUCCACCACGCGAUGCGGGCGAUCGGGGCAGCCGAGAAGGCGCUGGAAUGGCUCAUUGCGCGGAUCAACGACGACCGCAAGCAGACCUUCGGGAAGAAUCUGUCGGCGCACGGCGUCAUCCUGGAAUGGGUUGCCAAGUCGCGGAUUGAGAUCGACGCAGCGAGACUGAUUGUGCUUAAUGCUGCGAUUAAGAUCGAUCAAGGCGAUGCGAAGUCUGCGUUGAAGGAGAUUGCCCAGGCCAAGGUGUUGGUACCGCAGACUGCAUUGGCGGUUAUUGAUCGUGCGGUGCAGGCGUACGGUGCUGCGGGUGUGUGUCAGGAUACGCCGUUGGCGAAUCUGUGGGCGAUGACUCGGACGUUGCGGAUUGCGGAUGGGCCGGAUGAGGUGCAUUUGCAGCAGUUGGGUAAGAGGGAGAACCGCGCUCGCAAGGAUGCCAUUAUUGAGAAGUUGAAUUGGCAGAAGGCGGAGGGCGAGCGGUUGUUGGCGGCCAGUGGGUUGAAGCUCAAGAGUCAUUUGUAA